AUGAAAACCAAUUAUCGUAAUACUUCAUUUGGGUAACACAGCAUGUCAGAUAAUUCAGAUACUCAGAGAGAUGUGGAAUUGGAGGAUAUUGAUAUGAGUAAAAUGAAUCAUUAUACAUUCUACCAGUCUAUCAAUGCCUAACAAACAUAAUAUGAAUAGAUUGAAGGAGAAAUCUUCAUUUAAGAGGUCUUGUAAAAUAUUGUUCACAAGACUAUCAAAAUUGCAGCAGAUAAUGAAAUUAAUAGGAGGAUUCCACCCACUACAGCAACUGCUGCUUUAGAACUAAUCAUCCUACCUCUAACACAAUCCUUUAAUCGACCUGAAGAUCCAAAACCAGACUUUAAGACUGGUGGAUUAUCUGAAGACUAUGAACCUGUAAAGUAAAUUUUUAUUGCAAGCCGCAUAUCAUAAGAGAAUAAUGGUUGACAGCUAAUAUGGUAGUAGAAUAAUAACAGCCAGCACCCGUUAGUAGACAAUUAACUACUGCUUAAACAUUAGUUAGAUCUAAGUUGAAUGUAAUUUUGAUGCGUAUUCUAAAGGAUUAAACUCAAAUAAAAAAAGAAUAGAAGCAAUUAGAUCCAAUGCCGAUUGAUCUUGAUGAUCCACUUGAUAUUAGUAUAACAGAAGAGUAACUGAGAACAGCUAAAGAACGAUAAAUAUUAGAACGUCAAUAAUUGUAUGAGCAGGAAAAAAGAAGGAAAUUAAAAUUGGAACAGGAAGAGUAACUGAAAUAUGAAAUUAUUGCUAAAGAUAAGAAGUCAAAGUAAUUUACCUACGAUUAUGAUGGGAAAUUAAUACCAGUUACCACAACUAAAAUAACUAAACUGCCUCCACCUACAUCCACUUUAGUGUAAUAGAAUAAUUUAUGUAAAUAGAUCCAAAUUCGAGGAAGAUACAGUUACGAAACUAGCACAAAAAAAGAAACAAUAUAGUAAGAUAAAUGCUUUAGGAAAGAGAAAUGAUGAAGAGAAAGAGACUUUUAAAUUUAAUCAAUUAGCUCCUUUAGUUAUCGAGAACAUGAAUUUGUAAUCUGGGGUAACCAUUAAUUAUGAAGGUCGUCUAAAAGAAGGACUCAAAACUCAUACUAUUGAUUUAAAUAAUAUGAGUAAUCCUUGUUUAAGGAUGGCUAGACUUGAGUAUUUAGGAUUAACUCAAAUAAUGAAUUCUAAUAGAAACCAAGUGAAUAGUGUGAACAUCAAGGCUGAGGAUAAGGAAGUUAAGUAAGUGACUAAUUUUAAUUAUGAAAAAUUGAAACGAUUUACCUAAUAGUCUCAUACAGGAUAAGGUUAAAUUAAGUAAAAUAAAUUUAUCUAUGUAGAAUUAAUUCAACCAAAAUUUAUGAUUAAUUGGCUUCGACUUUGUUUGAGGAAGAGUCAUUGUCGUCCAUUCCUAUAAAAAGAUCAUUUGAUGCAGCAUAAAAGUUGUAAAAGAAUCCAAUAGAUUAAUUUAACCUUUCUUUGUAUUAGAAUACCACUUGGGGAAGGGAAACAUAAAAUGCAAAUGCAACUUAUGCAAAAUUGAUUACAAAUAAGGCAAUUGAUAAGUUUAUGACCAUUUUUAUAAAAUAGAGAUCUAAAAAUGACAAUCGGGAAUAAGGAUAAAAGACCUAGAGAACGUAAAUUUUACUCAGAAGGCACUACAUUACCUAGCAUUAGAAGUUAACGUGUUUUAUAUUAAAAGUGA